CAGAUCUAAUAUAUACACUUAUUAAUUGAAAACUGGGAAAGCGGGAGUUGUGAUUAACACUUGAAAAGAAAAGGUAAGAGAAAAAGAAAAAACAAGUGUAGCGUUGUGGUGAGAGGUGAGUGGACGAGGAUGGCUUUGCGGUGGGCAACGGCGGUGUCCUCCCUUCAUUCUUCGCAAGCAGAGGCGGUAUUUCUAGAGUUGUCUUGCUCGAAAACCCUCUACCCAUCGCAGCGAACCUUCACCUUUCGACCAAAUUCUACGAAACGUCUCUUCUUGCCUCUCCAUAACUUGAGCUCUACUGCUAGGAUUGCCUCCUUUCGUUGCUUCUCUUCUGCCUUAACUCCUGAUCUAAAGAAUGCAUUGGAUAAAGUUGUUACAUCAAACAAGGUGGUUCUUUUCAUGAAGGGAACUAAGGAUUUCCCACAAUGUGGAUUUUCAAAUACUGUGGUGCAGAUUUUGAAUUCUUUGAAUGUUCCUUUCGAAACAAUAAACAUACUAGACAAUGAAAUGCUUCGUCUGGGUUUGAAGGAGUAUUCCAACUGGCCCACCUUUCCUCAACUUUACAUUGAAGGAGAAUUUUUUGGUGGCUGCGAUAUCACAGUUGAAGCAUUUGAAAAUGGGCAAUUGCAGGAACUAUUGGAGAAGGCAAUGUGCUCCUGAUAUUUAUCUGUGUUGAAAAAGUGUGGUAUAGCUGCACUUGUUCAGAAAUAGAUAAUAACUUAUUGUUUUGGUUGGAGUGGGAAAACUUGUAUAACUCGGCUGAUCUUGUGGUUGUUUGUGUUGAUCUUAUAUGGAAAUUAUACAAUAUACUUGAAGCCUAAAUCCGUCUCUUGUUUACUUUUUGAAUAGCAAGAUAAAGGAAUUAAGAGAGGAAAACAAUUGGGGCUGGUCUCUUUGAAAUUUGAACGGCAUUUCUAUCUCUCUA